AUGGAUGAUAUACACGCUCCCACCGUAUCCUCGGGGCCUACGUCCUCGGGCUACGCGAAUGGGAUCCCGAAGGAGCAGCUGUCGUUGCAGGAGCUUAUAGCAGAAAAAGACCGGGUAGAGACAGAGCUCAAAGCGUUGGGGCAGGUCCUGGACUCACAUGGUGUGCACAUGAACACUGGCCUGACUACCUUCGACGGCUUCCCGCGUAGUGACAUCGAUGUCCCACAGAUACGGACAACUCGGGCGCGCAUAAUACGGUUGAAGAACGACUACAAGGACCUCAUGUCGCGGAUAGAGAAAGGCCUUCACGAGCACCACGCCCGACUGGCAGAGCAAGCACAGAACAACCCAGGGGUGGCGAACCACGCCCAGACCGCGUUUGAUACAGCUCCAGCAGCUCUAGAAGCCCCCUUCGCAAAGGUCAACAGUGUUGUAGCAGGCAGCCCAGCAGAUUCAGCGGGCUUGAGAGUAGGCGACACAGUGACCAAAUUUGGCUGGGUGGACUGGACAAAUCACGAGAGGCUGUCGCGGGUGGCUGAGGCAGUCUCUCAAAAUGAAGGGAUCCCAAUAACGGUCAAGGCCCUUCGGCCUAGUACUUCGGGCGGCCCGGCAGAGACGAUAGAGAUGCAACUUACACCACGGAGUAAUUGGGGCGGAAGAGGGCUGUUGGGCUGCCACCUGCUGCCGCUGUAG